AUGCAUGCUGAACUCCAGGCUUUACAAACUAAUAACACAUGGGAUCUUGUUUCUUUACCCCUGAAAAGAAAGCUAUUGGGUUCAAAUGGGUUUAUAAGGAGACGUUCUUCAGUAACCAAGAUGACUACAGUCCAUUAUAUCAUUAUUUUAGCUACUGCUUCCAUCAACCGCCUCAUUGCUCAUCUUCAUAAUACAGUCAAUAGUAAAGAUCUUGGCCCUCUUAGCAUUUUCUUUGGUAUUGAGAUCACUUACUUACCAGAUGGUAGUGCCCCAACACAGAGGAAAUAUACUACUAAAUUAAUUCGUGAUGCUGGCAUUCCCAUUACAAAGCCUGUUACCACUCCUCACCCUAUUAUUCUUAAAUUGCAACAUAAUGAUAACUCCCCUUUGUUUUCUGAUUCUACAUGCAUACUAUCGUAG